AUGACUCCUGGAGGUGGUAGUGGGCCCAUGAAAGACUGUGAAUACAGUCAGAUCAGCACACACAGCUCUUCGUCUCCCAUGGAGUCUCCCCAUAAGAAAAAGAAAUCGGCUCCCAAGAGAAAAUGGGAGGUUUUUCCUGGAAGAAACAAAUUCUUCUGCAAUGGGAGGAUCAUGAUGGCUCGACAGACUGGAGUCUUCUACUUGACUCUUGUUCUCAUCUUGGUCACCAGUGGACUCUUCUUUGCAUUUGAUUGUCCGUAUUUGUCAGAGAAGAUUACACCUGCUAUACCUGCAAUUGGUGGGAUUCUUUUCUUUUUCGUGAUGGGGACCCUGCUGCGUACCAGUUUCAGUGAUCCUGGUGUCCUCCCACGCGCUACACCAGAUGAAGCAGCAGAUCUAGAGAGACAAAUAGGUAACACUGAAGAUAUUGCAAAUGGCUCCAGUUCAGGAGGAUAUCGCCCCCCUCCCAGAACAAAAGAAGUGAUCAUCAAUGGACAGACAGUGAAAUUAAAAUACUGUUUUACUUGCAAGAUUUUCCGCCCACCUCGUGCCUCACAUUGCAGCCUUUGUGAUAACUGCGUAGAACGGUUUGAUCACCACUGUCCCUGGGUAGGCAACUGUGUGGGGAAAAGAAACUACAGAUUUUUUUAUAUGUUUAUUUUAUCUCUGUCCUUUCUGACAGUCUUUAUAUUUGCAUUCGUUAUCACCCACGUCAUCCUUCGUUCUCAACAAACAGGGUUCCUCAAUGCCCUGAAGGACAGUCCUGCAAGUGUGCUGGAAGCUGUGGUGUGUUUUUUCUCAGUAUGGUCUAUUGUUGGACUCUCAGGUUUUCACACGUAUUUGAUCAGCUCCAAUCAAACAACGAAUGAAGAUAUUAAAGGAUCAUGGUCAAAUAAAAGAGGUAAAGAAAAUUAUAAUCCAUACAGUUAUGGCAACAUCUUUACUAAUUGCUGUGCUGCACUCUGUGGGCCCCUCUCUCCAAGCUUAAUUGACAGAAGAGGAUUCAUACAACCAGAUACACCACAAUUAGCAGGACCAUCAAAUGGCAUUACUAUGUAUGGGGCUACACAAUCUCAGAGCAACAUGUGUGACCAAGAUCAGUGCAUUCAGAGCACUAAAUUCGUUUUGCAGGCUGCUGCCACCCCCCUACUACAGAGUGAGCCAAGCAUAAAUAGUGAAGAGCUACCUUUACCAGGAAAGACUACUAUCAGUGGGCCUUGUGCGUCUCUAACUCUAGGGCAACCAACACCACCAUCUUCUAUGCCAAAUCUCACAUCAGAUUCAGGUUUGACAGACAUGAUACCAUUAAAAGAGGAACACGAAGGUCAUCAGUUUCUCACUCCUGAAGAAGCUCCAUCACCCCCUGGAAUGCUGUCAAGUGGAAGUCCUAUUACACAUAGCCAUACAAUGCAAGUCCUGAGUCUAGCCAGCCAAGAUUCAUUGCAUGAAGACUCAGUACGUGGUCUCGUGAAGCUUAGCUCAGUUUGAACAGCUUUUCUUGAACUUUGCACCAUUUCUUGGUGUCUAUACAAAUCUCUACUCAACAGGAAUGACACUGCAGUACCACUGUAAGACCUCGUAACAUGCCUAUAAUGGAAGCUUUAUUAUGUAAUAGAGUCUACUAAAAAGACAAGUUAUUUUUCAAGGGAGCCAUGGCAUCUUUUUGACCAGGUUGUUAAUGGUUGUCCUUUGAUGGUGACUGCAUUUUCUUUUUAAGCAAGACCAGAAAUGGUCAAUAAUCUUGUUUCCUGAAGCUUGGGUACAGCAAAAUUGGAAGUCAGCCUGCAACAAACACCAUGUACAGUAUAAAAGAGAGAGAUUCUUGGAUGUAAGUGUCAUGCUCUGUGUUCUAUGCUCUUGUAAUACACACUUGUUAAGGCUUACCACAUUUGUGGCCAGAAUGAUUGCACUUACAUGUUAUGCUACUAAUAUUUGAGAUAGAAAAUUACCAUUCCAUUUGUUAAUACAAAAAAAAAAAAAAAAAAGACUGCAGAUAUGGAUUUGCAUGCCACGCUACAGUAUGUGUUACAGUGGUGUUGGUAUUAAAAGAAAGUGCUGCUUUUUUAUUUGUGACUUCAAAGUGCUGUUUCCUUUAAAGACAGUGCAACAAACAAAUUAAUGGACUGUAUUAUUUUUUCAAUUUAUUAAAAGUUUAUUUUAAAUUAAUCAUUGGUGCCUAGAAGAUGGAGAAUUACUGAUUUGAUCAUGUUGCAUAUCAUUUAACCUUCUGUUUAAGUGUUUAGAUUGAGGUAUUGUGUUGUGCCAUACCACAAGAUUCUUCCACUCCCUAAUGUGAUACAAUUACCUGUGGACCUCAAAUAAAAUUACAUCCUCUGUAUUCUUGGAUAUGUGUACAGUUA